AGAGAUGUGUGAAUCAAAAAAAUAUACAUAAAGAUAAGUGGUGGAAUCUAGUAACGACAAAAACGACAUAAAAAAUAAAAAAUAAAUAAAUAUAUUGUAAUCCUCUCUCUAAACGCGUAAUGGUUUGUCUGGGCAUCUUCUUCUUCAGUUCUUUCUUCUUGAACUCCAUAACAUACAUACAUAUAUACAUAUAGCCAGAGCUAGCUGCAGUAACCGAAAACUAACAACCAACAGUUGUGCAAAUGGCAGACAAUAGCGGCGGUCACGACUUUCCGGCAGUGGCUACUCACGGUGGUCAGUUCAUCCGGUACAACAUAUUUGGUAAUGAAUUUGAGAUCACCAACAAGUACCGUCCUCCGAUCAUGCCGAUUGGUCGUGGCGCUUAUGGGAUCGUCUGUUCGAUGCUGAACGCUGAGACGAAUGAGAUGGUUGCUGUUAAGAAGAUUGCGAAUGCUUUCGACAAUUAUAUGGAUGCAAAGCGGACGCUUCGCGAGAUUAAGCUUCUUCGACAUUUGGAUCAUGAGAAUAUCAUAUCUAUAAAAGAUAUAAUCCCACCGCCUGUUCGAAGAGAGUUCACUGAUGUCUACAUCACUACCGAGCUUAUGGAUACCGAUCUUCACCAAAUUAUUCGGUCCAACCAGAACUUAUCAGAAGAACAUUGUCAGUACUUCUUGUAUCAACUCCUACGCGGCUUGAAGUACAUUCACUCUGCGAACGUCAUUCACAGAGACCUCAAGCCUAGUAAUCUGCUGCUGAAUGCGAAUUGCGAUCUGAAGAUUUGUGAUUUCGGGCUUGCUAGAACAAGUGCGGAGAAUGACUUCAUGACUGAAUAUGUUGUCACCAGAUGGUAUAGGGCUCCUGAGUUGCUACUUAACUCUUCUGAUUACACCGCUGCUAUCGACGUGUGGUCGGUUGGUUGCAUUUUCAUGGAACUCAUGAACAAGAAGCCUUUGUUUCCUGGUAAAGAUCAUGUGCAUCAAAUGCGCAUAUUAACCGAGCUUCUGGGUACACCAACCGAAUCUGAUCUUCGGUUUAUUAGAAAUGAAGAUGCACGGAGGUAUCUUGCGCAGCUUCCUCAACAUCCUCGACAGUCAUUAUCAACGGUUUUCCCACACGUUCAUCCAUUAGCCAUUGAUUUAGUUGACAAAAUGUUAACGCUGGAUCCAACUAGACGAAUCACAGUUGAAGAUGCAUUAGAUCACCCUUAUCUUGCAAGACUACACGAUGUAGCCGAUGAGCCAAUAUGUGCGGAUCCUUUCUCGUUUGAAUUUGAGCAACAAGUUCUGCGAGAAGAACAAAUUAAAGACUUGAUUUAUGAAGAGGCGUUAGCACACAACCCGGGAUUUGCUUAGAAGAAAACACUUGGGCAUCUCAUGGUAUUAAUCUAUCGAUUAUCAUCAUCAUCAUCAUGUGUUUGUUCUCCGGUUUUUAAUUUGUGGUUUUAUUGCUAUUUGGUUUACGGGUGGUGUUCAGUUUUCGGUUUCCUUUUGGUACCUUGUGAUUUCUGCUGUUGAGAUUGUAAACUAGAUUUUUAGAAUGAUGUUCUGUAAUCUGUAGUCAACUGUAUAACUACUUGAGAUCUAUUUAUGUAUUUUGUUGCAUAACAUGUUCUUAUGAGCAGAAA